AUGGCGGCCAAGGAUGUGUUGGAGCGUGAAGCUUUCAAUAAAGCAUUGAAAGACAUUUGUCCACUUUUUAAUAUCGUCUGUUUAUAUAAAAAACAGCAGGACGCAUUAUUUAACUUCCUGUGUGGAAGAGAUACUUUUGUAAACCUACCGACGGGCUGUGGAAAAUCUAUAAUCUUCCAGAUGGCGCCACUCGUUGCAAGCAGACUAAGUAACUUUUCAGACGAGUCUAUUAUAAUUGUUAUUUCGCCUCUAGUGGCGUUAAUGAAAGACCAAGUAUCGUAUUUGUCCAAAAUAAAUGUACCUGCAGCUUUCGUGAUUGCUGAUCAAGAUAAGAACGUGUUAAAAGACAUAGAGAAUGGAAAAUAUAGCAUUGUGUAUGGAUCGCCCGAGUCCAUGUUGUCUAUUGAUCGAUGGCGAAAAAUGCUCUCGUCUGAUGUGUACCAAAGCAGACUAAUAGGGAUAGCUGUUGAUGAAGCGCAUUGUGUUUCAAACUGGUAAGGUUGAACACUUUUAAUAUAUUAAUUACAAAAUAAAAAUAUAUUAACAACAAUAUAUCACGCUAUAUGUAUGCCACGCUAUGAUGUAUCAUGUAUGGACAAUAUUAAACAUUAUAUUUAACGAGUUUUCUACGUUAGCCAAAAGUUGUUGUCUCAAAAAAACCUGCAAACACUGUAAUUUGCAUAGCAUCUCAUUGCCUACAGGUGCAACUUAUUAUGCUCCUGGGAUUUGACAUGAGUAUGUUCCAAUCUUCCUCAUUAAUUGAAAUUAGAAUAAUUUUCCUCAUUAAUUGAAAUUAGAAUAAACACAACCAACUACAAAGCAAAGAGUGUUUACCAUCCCAGCAUGAAUGGUGUUUAUGCACCGUUGGGAUCAAUUAGUGCUGAAUUAUGCAAAUUUCAUAAAUAUCUGAAUUCAAAGGGUUUGCAGUUUUUUGAGACACCCUGUAUAUAGUUUUUUUUUUCAAAUUAAGGUGCAAAAAUGUAUAGGUUCUGGUAUACAGGGUGUCCCCCAAAAAAGUACCCUAUAUAGAAAUUUAUCCUAAUGUUGUUAAGCACAGGAUUUUAUGCAACUGGUAAUUAAAAAUUCAAUUCAAUUGUGUUUGUCCACUCUUGUGUUCAGCAUAGUGCUCAGGCAUUCAAAUUAUAAUAAUAGGAUAAUUUCUAGAGGGUACUUUUUUUGGGACACCCUGUAUACAUACAGGGGAGAGUUUAAUUAAAUGCCCAAUACUUUCCCUCUGGCAUUAGAAAGAGCCUGAUGGGUUAUUCAACAAGAAACAAUGAUAGAUAAUUGUUUUGCUGCUGUUAUGUGCUUUUAUGUUAUCAUGAUUGUAUUGCAGGAUUUCGCAUAUAUUGCAAAUUAUAAAAUCACAUUAAAUGUAGAUUUGGGAAUACAAAUAAUUAUAUAAAGCCAGUUUGUUCUGUAUAUACACAAAUAUUUUGAUAAAUACAGCAUUAUGUAACAAAUGACAAAAUAAAUUUCUAAUGCUCAUUAGGGGGUUCUCAGGAAAUAAAGGGGAAACUGCAUUCAGGAAAUGGUAUGCAUGUCUUCAAGAAUUGAGGUCCUUGCUUACUGAAAAAUUACCUGUAAUGGCUUUAACUGCAACAGCUUCUAAGAAAACAAAAGUUUAUAUUCAUCAGGUGCUUAGUUUAUCCAAUCCUUUCAACGUUAAUGAUAAAUUAUUGCAGGACAACAUCACUUACUCAGUACAACCUAUUGAAAAAGGUAAAAAUCUCCUGAACUAUUUUGAAUGGUUGAUCAAUGAUGUGAAAAAAAAGGCUUAA